GCAAUCUUAUAAGAGUACAAAGUAUAAGUAAUUAUUACAAUUGUAUGAAACUUCCAGAAAAUAUUAUUAGACUACAUAGACUAUAUAUAGUCUAAGCUGACAUUGUAUUUCUGAGCUCAAACAACCCUUCUGAUUUUGUCUCUUAGUAGUUCUUCAGAUCAUUAGUACAUUUCAUUCAUUUUGAUCAGAAAAUGUGUGUAGCAAUAUACUAAAGAUAAUUAUGAUCAAUCAUAAAAUGGACUUAGGGAAUCUAGCAAUCAAAAUCAUGUUCUUAUUACAAACUACAGCUGGAAUUCUAGGAAAUUUCUCUCUUCUUAUACAACAUCUAGUCUACUAUGCAGAAUACACAUUAAAGCACACAGAUAUGAUUCUCAUGAACCUCUGGGGAGCUAAUGCCUUGAUAGUUCUCUCUGUAGGAGUGCCCUACACAAUGGCAGCUUUUGGGUUGAAGCAGUUUUUAAAUGACUUUGGAUGCAGAUUAAGUUUGUACAUUCAAAGAGUUGGUCGGAGUGUGUCCAUUGGCACCACCUGUUUUUUGAGUGUCUUCCAAGCCAUCAACAUCAGUCACAGAGAAUCUUGUUGUAAGGAUCAAAAAGCCAAAGUUGCAAAGUACAUUGGCUACUCCAUUUCCCUUCUCUGGGUUUUGUCUAUGUUUAUACAUUUCAUUUUCUUUGUGGAAAUAUUUCUCAAAAGGAAUAGCAAAAACAUGACAAGAAAGCUAGAUUUUGAGUACUGCUCCUAUGUCAACCAUUUUGAAAUUAAUGGCUCAGUUUAUGCAGCAUUGGUGAUGUGCCCUGAAAUCUUCUUUUCUGUGGUCAUUGUCUGGUCCAGUGGCUCCACAACUGUCAUCCUAUACAGACAUAAGAAGAGGGUUCAACACAUCCACAGUUCUCAGGUUUCCAGGAGACACUCCGCUGAAUCCAGAGCCAUCAAGACAAUCCUGUCCCUAGUGUUCUCCUUUCUGGCUUUUUACUCUCUCUCCUCCAUCUUACGAGGUUACAUUGCUCUCUUGCAUAAUCCCAGUUGGGGUCUGGUGAUGGUCAAUCGCCUCAGUUCUCUCUGUUUUCCAUCUUUUGGACCUUUUGUUCUUAUAAAUCAUUACCCUGUAAUGCCAAGACUAAGACUGGUCUGGAUGAGAAAUACCAACCCUUAAUCUUAUUUUAAGUCUUUAAAUCAUAUAUUUUGAUUAGUAUUUGUUUAUUUUUUAGUUCAUACUCUUCCUCAGAAGUUCAAAACAGAAUAAAAUCAAUAGUUCCUUG